GACCCUGGAGUGCACACGCGCAGGGUCGCUGGCCUGGCCCUCACCUGCUGUUGGCCAGGCUGGCUUUUCUGGCCCCAGCAGUUCCCUGCCUGGGCUGCUGGUCCCCUGGGGCUGUGUUGGCUGGCAGCCUUGGAGAGUGCCAGGCCGGUGAGGGAGCAGAGCAAUCUGCUGAGUCAGCGUGACUCGCCAGGAACAGCCGCACUUUGGGGCGUGCACUGGGGUUAUUUUUAAAGCUCCCAGCUUCCUUCCAGGCGGGCCCCUCCCGCAUCCUCUGAUCUCUCCGUGGCCCCUCUUGUCUCUGCCUACCUAACAGCACUUCAGUUCCCCUUCCCCAUCAAACCCUACUGGCCUCCCACCUGGUUGUCUAGAAGCAGAGUGGACAGGGAGCAGGCCAGCUUGGGAGAGGCAAGGCCAAAGACUGGUCCUGGGGGACCAGAGUGCCUGCUUGCUGUGCCCCCAGGUUAUGACGACCCCCAGUAAAGGAAACAAGGCCUUGAAGGUGAAGCGGGAGCCAGGUGAGAAUGGCACCAGCCUGACUGAUGAGGAGCUGGUGACCAUGUCGGUGCGGGAGCUAAAUCAGCACCUGCGGGGCCUGUCUAAGGAAGAGAUAAUCCAGCUGAAGCAGCGCCGACGCACACUCAAGAACCGUGGCUAUGCCGCCAGCUGCCGCGUGAAGCGGGUGACCCAGAAGGAGGAGCUGGAGAAGCAGAAGGCGGAGCUGCAGCAGGAGGUGGAGAAGCUGGCCUCAGAGAACGCCAGCAUGAAGCUGGAGCUUGACGCCCUGCGCUCCAAGUAUGAGGCCCUGCAGAACUUCGCCAGGACCGUGGCCCGCAGCCCCGUGGCACCGGCUCGGGGCCCCCUUGCUGCCGGCUUGGGGCCCCUCGUCCCUGGCAAGGUGGCCGCCACCAGCGUCAUCACAAUAGUAAAGUCCAAGACGGACGCCCGGUCGUAGGGACGCGCACUUGCCUAGGCGGGUCUGUGGGGGGCCAUUAGGCACAUGGCGAAUUUGGCAGCCCUAUCCCCUCCUUCCUCCUCCCUUCUUCCUCCUUUCCUUUCGUCUUCCUCUCCUACCUCCUCCCUUCCCUGCAAAGCACAACCCGCACCCCAGGGGCGCCGGGCUGAGCCCCUUUGAUCUCGUCGUUGUCAUCGUGUGUUUUGUACAUUGGGAUUGGUCAGUUCGGCGGUGAUGUGGGGUCGCCCCAGCCCCCUUUGUACCAAGGCCAUGCAGGCUUGGAGUCCAGAGCUGGUCCUGUAGGAAUGGACAGAGUGAGCGCUCUGGGGCUUGUGUGUCCCUGAGCAGGGAGGGCUCCACGGCCGGAGGGGCCGCUCUCCACUCCCGAGUGGCCCACAGACCCUGAUGGCUGCCCGGCUGGCUGGGGGCUGUGUCGUUCACUCUCAGCUCAGCCAGCAGACAUAGACGGGCGCUGCUCUGGAGAGUAGGUGUCCUUGAGGGCCCUGGAUGGGCGGGCCACCAGCCUGGGUGCUGGGAAGUGGGGUAAUGUAUGCCUGUAGGCCAGGGGCCGUGGCGCUUGUGCCUGAUGCAUUGCACUGAACAAGACCAAAUCACUGGUUGUGAGCGUGCGUGAGGGUGUGUCCAGUGUCCUGCAGUGGGUCCCGUGUCACUGUUUACAUGACCUAUUUGUGUGGUUACAUAGCCUUUUAUUUAAAAGAGAGAAGUUCCUUUUACAAAGUUAUUAAAUUAUAUGUUUAAAAGCUAAAGAAAAAAAAAGAGCUGCAGAGUAUUUAUAAAACUGUCUUUUUAAAAAAAACAAAUAAGAACAUUUGACCAUAUAAAUGGGAAAUGGAAGAAAGUAUAAUAGAAACUUUGCUAGUUUAAAAAAAGAGAAAAAAAGAAAAAAAAUCCCUUUGUUGUAAACUUACGAACAAGUCUUUGUGGCUGUUGGAAUUUAGUUUUUAUAUACACAGAGUUAUCAGAUGUUAUUUAUAAAACUUAGUUU